GGCAGUAUAUUCGAAGAAAAAGAGCUGAAGAGAAGAUAGAAGAAACAGAGAAAAUCAACGAGGAGGGUUGACUUCAGAAGUUUGUUUUUCUGUUAGAGUCGUUUGUAUAGUUAAGGAGAAAAGAGAGAAGAGAGAGAGAGAUCGAGGUUGCAAACUUAUCAAAAUGGUGUGUCGUGACGUGUCAAACUGAGCGAAGGCGAAAAUGGGAGAUCAAUCGAAGAAACUGAAGCUUAUCGAAGGAUCAGUUCGCGAUUCUCAGGUGGAAAUCGACGAAUUGAUAGUAGUGGUGGAGAAAUCGAACAAAAGAGUCGAUGAAAUGGUGGAGAAGUCAGAUCGACGCUUUGAAGCGAUCGAACAUCAAUUGGAGCUACAAUCAAAGCAUAUGGAGCUGAUUGGUAGAAUACUAGCACAGAUCAAAGAAGGAAUGCACGUUCCGAAACCUUAUGGCAAGGAUACGGCAAAUUCAUCGGAAAUCCCAAAUCAGGUACCAUUAUCUGACUCUAUCUCUGACCGGAGGGACUCUCAGCUAGGUUAUCAGGGAUUAUCUGGUAUUCUAGCUACUAGGGAAUCAAUGUUGAGAAAUGUUAAUUUUCCGGUAUUCAAUGGCCGUUUACCAUACGCUUGGAUAUCUAGAGUCGAACGAUUCUUCCGGCUUGGUCAGUAUACAGAGGAUGAUAAAUUAGGUCUGGUCUCGUUGAAUCUGGAAGGACCAGUACUAAAUUGGUAUAAUUGGGAAAUAGCUGACAAUGAGUUCUCAGACUGGAUGGAUUUCAAAGAGAAACUAUUGGAUCGCUUUGACGAAGCUUUAGAAGACGAACCAGGAAAACACUUGUGUGGUAUUAAACAACUGGGAUCAAUAGCUGAGUAUGUGCAGGAAUUUGAGGAACUAUCAAGUCAAGUCAGAGGAGUGGAUGAGAAGAACUUGAUCAAUAUCUCUUACAACAGACUUAAACCGGAGAUGAAGGAGGUUAUCCGGAUGAAAGAACCUAAAGGCUUGCGAAAUCACAAAACUGCAGUAUUGAAAAUGGAAUCCAGUGCGUUCUGUAAGGUCUUGAGUGAGGUAUAUCAGCCAGGUGAUAAACCGUAGAGAGAAGUUGUCUAUCAACCUAUGAGAUCCUCGUGGAUGUAUAAUACUCAACGAUCAAGGGUUAUUCCUCAGAAUCAAGUAGCAAUAGGAAAAGGAAAGGGCGUUAAUACAGGACAACCGUCAGGACAAGCUGCGAACAAACCCUUACGAC